CGCCGGGCGGUCGCGCCACCGCCCCACCGAGAGACAGCGAGAGAGACGGACGCGAUGCUCGCGCUUGUGAACCCGGCGCGCGGUAUCGCGAGGCGCGGAAAGCCGCCGCCGCCGCCGCCGUCGUCGUCGUCGCCGUCGCACUCCUCGGCGCCGAGGCUUGCCAACGCGGUCGCGAGAUCCGCACCGCCCGCUCGCCGACGCGCGCGCCUCGCCGCGCUCGCGCGGCCCUUCCCCGUCGGCGAGGACGCCGCCUCGAAGUCGGCGAGCGAUGCGAGCGGCGCCACGAGCACGCCGAACCCGCCGCCGCCCCCGCCCGCGUCGCCGCCCGCGGCAAGACGGAGGGUCCGCGCCAGGGACUUUCGGCACCCGCUCGACCAGCAAAACACGCAGUUGCUCCAAGCCGUCCCGGGUCUGAGCCAAAUCACAAAGUCGCUCGUCACCCCCGUCGCGGAACAGAUGCUGGUGCUGGAGCAGAUCAGCACGUCCGUCCUCGUCGGCCCGGCGCAGCUCCCCCACGUGCACAAGCUCGUGCUGGACGCCUCCGCCGUCCUCGACAUCGACCCGCCGCAGCUGUACAUCCGUCAGAGCUCGCAACCGAACGCGUACACGCUGGCGAUUUCGGGCCGAGAGCCGGUGAUCGUCGUGCACACCGCGCUCGUCGAGCUGAUGACCGCGGCGGAGCUGCAAGCCGUCAUCGCGCACGAGAUGGGUCACCUCAAGUGCGACCACGGCGUGUGGCUCACGGUGGCCAACUUACUGACGCUGGGCGCCGAGAUUGCGCCGCUCAUGCCCGCAUUCGUGGCGGAUAACUUUCGCGACGGUUUAAUGCGUUGGGUUCGAGCCGCCGAGCUCUCGUGCGACAGGGCCGCGUUACUCGUCGCCGGGGACCCAAGGGUGGUGGUUUCGGUGCUCAUGAAGCUCAGCGGCGGGUGCCCGAAGCUCAGCGGGCAGCUCAACGUCGACGCCUUCCUCGAUCAGGCGAGGCGAUACGACGACGAGAGCUCGAGCCCGCUGGGGUGGUACCUCCGCAACGCGCAGACGCGGCAGCUGACGCAUCCGCUGCCGGUGGCGAGGGCGCGGGAGAUUGACGAGUGGGCGCGGAGCGAGGAAUUCGCGAGGUUGGGGAUCGAGCCGGCGCCGACGCCCGAGGAGCUGGAGCUGUGGAGUCCGGAGGCGGCGUGACACGAGACGAUGAACGGAUGGAAGGAUGCGUGCUCGAAGGCGACAUCCAUCCAUCUCCAUCUCGGGCGAGUCGCUGAUGCAACCCGCCGAUGAACCAUGUACGCGGCGACGCCGUCUGUAUCAAUACAAUCGAAAGAAUCGAAUC